CGAGAGAAGUCGCUGGUAUUUCAUGAGGCGAAAAAGUCAUUGCUCUCUCUCGGAUCCCUUAAGAAGCAACCAUUAUUGCGCGCCCAAAUUUCGGUUCGUUUUCCACUAUGUAUUUAUGCCAUGUCGCCACACGCGCCUCAUUAAGAAUGCCUCAUUUUCUCUGCCUAACCAGAUAAAUAACUACUUGCAGCACACAAUUAUUUGUUUACAUGUGCGAAAGUCGAACGAUGGUUGCGCCAAUAAUAUCAGGUUGCAUCACGACAAGUCCCUGGAGGAUUCAAUGUAGGCGCAGCUCUCUGUAGGAUCUACUGUGCCCAUUCCUUGUACCUCUUUGCGACCCUAUUUUCACCAACCGAACUCGUAUCAUGACCGUACCAGUUCUUUUUAAUUUAAUACCCUGGAAUACCGGUCGUGGCCUAGGUCUUUCCAGACAUCCAAGUUUCCAUAGUUUCAUCGAUUGAUUCCUUGCGGCUCCUCUACACUCCUACUCGAGUAGCGAACCGCAAUAGAAACUCUCGUUUCGGUGCGAGUUUGGGUGCUGUGCCAUAUACAUGUUGGGGUCAUGAGAGGGCCUCGUUUCGCAGUAAUUUGAUCGGUUUCUCUCUUUUGGCCUCAGCAUUCUUUCUUCAUCAUUUUGUCGUUUUAUCGACACCACAUUCGUUUUGUUUCUGGGUUUUUUGUGGGGGGCUUGAUGUUUGGAUUCACGAUAUAGAACUUACUUUCUUACCAUCAUUCUUAAUAUCGCACCAGUAUACUGCAGUAUGCCUCAAGAAACUCGCGAAGGACGUCCAUACUCGGAGUACAACAAGAAUUCAAUAAGGAGACAAUCAUGGAGCCAACACAGCAGCCCUGAGCAUCGUUCAUCAUCUCAAGAUCACCUACACAGUCCAGUUAGUGACAAUGUAUCUCCCAUCUCAGCACCCAUCUCGCCACAGAUUUCCCCCUUGACAACACUGAGACAGUCUCAACAAUUCGAAUACCAGAAUUUCCGCCCGCAGCCACAACAUAUAUACACCGAUAGCGAUUUUACAAAAGAAGAACCAAGGGCAGUAAAUCUCGCCUCACCUGAGACGUUGGUGGCUAAAAAACCGAUUACCGUGACGAUUCGAACGAGAGUUCCGACGCCUGUUGAGAUACCACCUCACACUAUACAGAACAAUAGGAUAAAUGAAUCGACGGAGGAGUUGAAAGAUUUAGGCAACCAUGUUGAUAUCCAGGGACGGAGGAGGUCAUCGACAGUGAUUAUUGAUGGGUUAUCGAGAUGGUCUGAGACGAUUUAUGCAGUGGUAUAUUUCAUUAUCCCAGUGUUAUUUCUUGUUCUUGCUAUAAGUCUGGCAACUCUUCAUGGACGACCUACCGAUGGGCAAAAGAAAUGGGGCAUAUAUCUUAAUUGGAUGCAGAUUGUAAGGCCUAGCUAUCGUAUUUCCACCGUAUCUCUUUCUAAUGAUUCGCAGGCUGGCACUCUCUACCCCAUUUUCUUUGCCCUGUUGGUAGGUCGGGCACUCGUCAAGAUAGCCGGAUACCAACUAGAACGCGGUACCACUCUCCUUCAUCUAGAACAGCUCAUGGGAAGCCGAACUGUGAGCGGAGCAUUUGAUACUCAAAUCAAGCUUCGAUCUUUCAAUAUCCUUGGAUUCGGCCUCAUUAUUCUCUUCAUUUUUUCUCCUGUCGGUAGUCAAGGGUUCCUCAGACUUCUUGGAGCAAGAAACAUAUCUAAAACUUCAUCGUCUACAGUGUCAUACUUCACUACUGAUACACAGUCCCUUUUUGCGCAGGGGAAUACUAUAGCCCCUGACUCCGUUCAAUCUUCUAUCUUUCGGUCUCUAUAUACCGCAGCUGUCCUCUCUCCUGCGUCAGUAAAGACCUCACCCAUGGACCUUUGGAGUAACAUAAAAAUACCCCUGCAUUCCUCGCUUACGGAGAACGAUGGCGACUGGACAAUCAUAUCACCAAACGAUACCAUUAUAUACAGUUCCCUCGUUGGUAUCCCAAUAGGAGGGUUACAAAAUGGCGAAACGACCUUGGAACUCGAGAGUAGUUAUAUCGAACUGAUCUGCUCCUCUCCAACUCCACAAGCCCAACCAACAUAUCUCACCCCCUUUACGCGCGAUAGCGAUGCCUACAGUUCGCCCAUCUCCUCUAACAACGAUACAUUCUAUGGAGCAAGUCCGGAUUACAGAAACAAUACCAUGAAUACAACGGCAACAUGGUCUUUAGGAAUGAAAGGCUUUAUAUCCCCACUGUACAACUCGCCACUUUCUUCACACACGAGUUCACCAGCACAAAAAUAUUGCACACCACACAAUGAAAGCAAAUCAGCAGCAGGAGACCAGCAAUACCUCACAGCACCCUGUGCCCUCCGAUUUCUUUCCCCCGAACAAGUCCAACCCAGUACACUGCUAUUCCAAUCCACUGGCCAAGAACCCGUUCAAGCGACUUGCACACCAGACACCAUCUACGUUCGCUCCCGUAUCCUCUGCACAUCCACGAACGAUAAAACCCCAAGUUGUCACGUAACAGCACAACGACCCUCAACCCCCUCCCAUGCCCAGAACUCCCUUACCGCGCUAGCAUUCCCCGAAAUCUUCGAAGCAAUAUCUCUCGGUCUCCCACGUGCAUUUCAUGCCGCAGGCCUAGAGAUCAUAGACGAAACAGGGACCGAUCCGUCAAUUUCCUACCUCAUUAAUGCGGAUACCAGUACAGCAAGUUUGAUACCAGAUACCAGAACAGGAACGGAAUAUAGCACUUCUAAUAUCCCGCCUUCCCUCCUUUACCUGCCUCCCGCCACGUUCUCACAUCACCUUUCACAAUUAGUGAAUACGUAUUACACGCUUUCCCAGGCUUAUCCCUAUAUUACAUCCCCUUCGUCUCUCUCCUCCCUUCCAGCCCCAACGACGACGGCAGAUGUGACGGUUACCACGGAGGUGUACCGGGUUUCUUGGCCGUGGUUUGCGUUUUUGAUGCUGGGCUUAGUGAUUAUGGGGGGUGCUAGUGUGAUGGGUACGAUUGUGGGGAGGAUGAGUAAGGAGAAUUUUGAGGUGGUGGAGGGCUUGGGGUUUGUGAGUGAAACUUUUAGGACUGGAAGGGAGAGAGAUAAGGAUGUGAGGGUUAAAAUGGGGGAUGGAGGGAAACUGGUUAUUCUCGGGGAAGGUGAUGGAGAGGGUGAGAGAGUGGGUAGGGAUAUAGUUUGA